AUGCCUUGUGUCCAGGAUCUGGUCUUCGAGUGUGACUUGGCUUACGAGCCGGUCUGGGACGUCCACGCGCCUGUUUCGCACAUCGAUCUCCACGCGGGAGGUACUCAACCCACUGUACCCAAGGGGUAUGCGACCAAAGCGCCCUUUCCCUACUGCCAGCUCCUGCCUGAGCUUCAAGUUCAAGUCAACAGCUAUCUCACCAAGAAGUAUCUUGCAAUGCUGUCCAGCACUUCAUCAUCAAUGAGAGACGACUUGAUGGCCAAGGCUCUUGGUACCAUUUGCAUCGCUGGGACCGUUUCAGAGGUGUUGAGAGAGAUUCAAGAUUUCAACGAUAGGCCUCACAUUGUGAAGGUCGCGAGAUCCCUCAAGAUCGCACUUCACUCUGAAGAUUUCGCGUCCAUGGAUCUCCCGAUUUGUGCACCGAGGCAACGGACAUAUUCCAAAUACCGCGGUCUCGGAACGCAUCUUGGCUACUCUCUGACGUCUAUGGCACCGUUUAUCGAGGAACUUAUCCUGUCGAUCAGUGGUGCUGACCACAUGAAUAGGAUCGAACGUCUUGUGCGAAGUCUCGUUUAUGCGGCCCCUUCUUUGUGUUUCGAGAAAAUGAAGACAUUGCGGCUCAGGCUUGGCGAUCGCGAGGCGGGGCUUAUGCUGGGUGAAUACUUGACGUCCCGGUGCCCUUCCACGAAAACACUUUUCUGGUGGGACACUGCGAACUACGACAACAAACUCAUUCGAAUCAAUGGUCCCUUCCGAAGCGAUAAUUUGACAUCAUUCACUUUGGGAAAUACAAACAUGACAUAUAAGAGCAUCUUCAUACGCACCGUUCUUCUGGCGUUCCCGCAAUUGGAGCGAUUUGCCAUGUUUGGCAGCAUUCAUGACGACACAGUGAAUGAGUUGGCCUAUUACGUUGCUAAUGGGGUCCUUGAGUUCGGAAGUUGCCUCAAGAUGUUAUCUAUACCGAUGGGUGGGUUUGAAUCUCACGCCCCGGAGUGGGCACGUAUUGCCGGCUUUUUUCUACGCUCACUACCAAAAUUGGAGCAAAUUCAGUUGACUCCGUGGAGGGUCUUUUUUAUCGAUUAUCUGCUCGUUGCCCGAAAUGUCAAGGUGCAGAUAGGCUCUUCCGACGCCGAUUCCAACAUCACCUACUGUCGGGUGCCGGUGGAGGAGUCACUGCAGAGAUGGCCGUUCAACUCCUUCAAGCUCCCCACGGGAGGCUCUCUCGCGGAGGACGAUGCCAACUGGAACCCGAUUUCGGACAUCACGAUUGAAACAGAUCUUUUCCACAACGGCGGAGACGACGGAGACGACGGAGACAGUUGA